AUGAAAUCAAAUUCAUAUAUCGGAGGAAUAGAAGCAGAAAAUUUCGAACCAAGGCUCAUUCAAGAUUGGUAUAAGAAUGAACAGUGCCCUGAAGGAACAAUUCCCAUUGUUAGAGCACAAAUACCCAAACCUCCUCGGACUCUGGCAUUUGUUCCUCCCAGGAAAGACCUUGACAAGGUUCAAAUUAAAGCUGAUCCUGCAAACAACCAUGAGUACGCCCAAGUUUCCGUGGACGAUGGCAACUAUUUUGGAGUAAGUGCAUGGCUUAACGUGUGGAACCCAGCAACAUUUUAUACGGAGUUUAGCUUAGCACAAAUUUGGGUUGUGUCAGGGCAUGAAUUUAGUGUAUUAAACACUGUCGAGGCUGGAUGGAUUACUAACUCAGACCAGAAUCAAACAAGAUUAUUCAUUUAUUGGACUAGCGAUGGCUAUGAAAAGACAGGUUGCUAUAAUCUUGAAUGUCCUGGAUUUGUGCAAACCGACAACAAGGUGGUCCUUGGUUCGCUUUUAGAACCUGUUUUCACCUAUAUGGAGGCACUCAAUUUGAUAUAUACGUAUUUAUACACAAGGUAA